GGAUUGGCCAAAGUUGUACCCGGAGCAGUGUAGCGAUUGGCUGUCCAGGCAGUGGAACGGUGAAGGGACGGUGAGCGAGGAAACGAGGUGAACGGCUAAGACUCGGCUGGUGUUGCGGCCAUUGAUGAAAGAGCGGUGCCGGCAGGGCGAGGGGAGAUACUAUGGCACGCCUGCAUCCUGGCACACUGAGACGGUUGUGUUACAAGUUUGUAAAGGUUCUGCAUUAUUCCAGAUGAUCUAUUGGAUUAAAUGCCUGAUUAGAAUGAUGUGUGAACAAGUUGGGCUGAAUAUGGAAUCUUUGCUGUGGUCAAAUAAACCUUAUGGUCCCUCUAGAAGUAUUGUAAGGAAAAUUGGCACCAACCUCUCUGUGAUACAGUGCCCAAGAGUUCAGUUUCAGCUUAUUUCCCAGCCUGUAGAAGGCAGUAAUUCUAAAAAGUUCAGAGAAAAUGGAGUAGUCUCCCUUGCAGAUGUAGGAUGGAUUGCUGAAGAUGAAGGUGAAGUCACUACAAGGCUCAGAUCAGAAGUCUGGCCAAAAUCCCAACAAUCUUUUAGAGAUGAAGGCUGCCCAGGAAGAGUCCAAAGUGUUCCAGUACCUUUACCAAAGCUGUCACAAGAGAACAUAGACGCCAACAUUGCAACAACCACAAAUGAUGAAGCCAUGCAGAAGAUCAGUGCAUUAGAAAAUGAACUUGCCAGUUUAAGAGCACAAAUAGCCAAAAUUGUAAGCUUGCAAGAACAGCAGAAUUUUACAGCAGCUGGAGUAAGUUCUGUUGCGUCAGCUCCCCUCCCAGCAAGAGUGCCAGCAGCACUACCACCACCUCCGCCACCCCCACUGCCGCCGCCACCACUACAACGGAACAUCUCAGCUAUUGAGCUUAUUAAGGAGCGCAAAGGGAAAAAAGUAAAUUCUGGCCAAACUUCAGUAGAUAACAAUCAAAAAAAGCCUGAAAUACCAAACAUGCUUGAAAUCCUGAAAGAUAUGAACAAUGUAAAGCUGCGGUCAGUUAAAAGACCAGAUGAAAAUACAAAAAAAAGAACCAUUGACCCAGCAGAUCCUGCAGCACUGAUAGCUGAAGCUCUUAAAAAGAAAUUUGCUUAUCGAUAUCGAAGCAACAGCCAAAGUGACACUGAAAAACAAAUCCCAGUAUCAGAAAGCAAACCGUUUGGACCGCACAUUCUGAAGGCCACAGGAAAAAUGAAGACUCUGGUUGAAAACCAUUAAAUGUUAGCGCACAAAGGUUUCUCUGGAAGGAGACUUUCUUUCAACUCCAUGGCUGGGUUAUUCAACAUUUAGCUUCUUGGACCUGGAUUGAAAUGUGCCUCUGACUUCUAUAUCUAUAUAUACAGAGAGAAAGAGCUUUUUUGCCCAUGUAAUAGGUCAUUAGCACUAAACUUAUCUAUAUGAAUAUUUUAUUUGCAUGAUUGAGAACUUUUAAACAUCUUGUGUGAAGAGAAUGAUGAAUUAAAUAGCUUUUUAAGUUAUUUUAGCUCCAGUGUAAUAGCUGGAACAAUAUAGUAGGAGUUUUAUGUACUACUCCAUAGUUUGAACAUCUCAUUUUGAACAUUAUUCUUGUUAGAAUUCAAUCUUGUGCUGUAUUCACAGCCCCUGUAAUUCAAGACCAAAGGCUUCACUGAAGUCACUAUGCCUCUGGCCUUACACUGUAAAGGAAAUUUAGUUUUUACCUUAUUUGUCAGUUGGCAAUACAACAGUUAACUUGCUUAUCCAAAGAGCUUAUCCAAAGCAUGCUUUUUCAUUAAACACACGAUACAGUAGCAACAUAUUUCAUGGAACUAUAUUAGCCAAAAGCUGAACUACCUUUUUUUAAUUGGGCCUAAACACUGAGCAGUGCUGAUACAGAAGACUGUCUACACUAGCAAGUGUCAGAAAUUAGAGUAGAUAGUCUGGCUUGGCAGUAACCUGACGAACCUCAAGAAUCAACCUUUUGCUGAGUUACUUGAUGAACUUCAAGAAUCAAAAUAACACUAGUUUUGCACCAGUUGCUUGUCAUCUGAAGUAUCCAUGUGGGCUGCUUGGGUAAUACCAAGCCACAGACCCACUUGCUGCUAUCUUUGCAACAGUUCCAUAGCAUUUGUCCCAGAGAGCAAGCAAGAGAGCAAAUAGGCCCAGCUACUGGCUUUUGAAUAUUAAUUUAAAAACUUCCCUCUGAAAGAGGAUGGAUAAAAAUUCAUGUUUCUAUAAUUAGUUUUCCUAUACACAGCACAGCAUAGGGUCUCCUAAUUGAAAGCAUUUUUCUGAGUAUUUAUUACUUGAACACCAGUUGUAAUACAGACUUUGAUACAAGAGUAUUAACAGAAAACUUAACUGAAGUGUGAUCAGAGACUAAUGUUUAAAUAUUUUAAGAAUGAUAGCUUUUAUAUAGUUAAUUUUAAGGACCGCUUUUAACCUGACUUUUCAAAAUGCACUGAGGUGCUUUAAAGUCAGUGGUUAUCAUACAAAGACAUUAGUCUUUGGUCCUGUAUCACCCUAUACAAAAUUAAAAACAGUUAAGUUAC